AAAUUGGUUCUUAGAAUGUUGGGUGUGUAAUCCUGCUUAGCAGCAGUUAGCUGGAACAGGACUAGCAGCUGAUCCAUCCCCUUCAGUAUGAACAUGUUUUUUUUUAGUUGUACAGUCUCCAUCAUUUGCACAGUAUAUGCAUAUAUAUGUGCUUAUGCCCAUUCCAACUUCUCUCAUCCAUGUUACGUGUAGACAGUUGUGGGUCAUCCUUGUGCCAGAUUUUCUUUGUGGCCAGAUGGGUUUGUAUGGACAGGCUUGUCCAUCUGUAACUUCGUUAAGGAUGACAUCUGAACUGGAGAGCAGCCUAACAUCUAUGGACUGGUUACCACAGCUCACCAUGAGAGCAGCCAUCCAAAAAUCUGAUGCUACACAAAAUGCACAUGGAACAGGAAUUUCCAAGAAGAAUGCACUCCUUGACCCAAAUACAACACUGGACCAGGAAGAAGUCCAACAGCACAAAGAUGGGAAACCUCCAUACAGUUAUGCCAGCCUCAUUACAUUUGCAAUUAAUAGCUCACCCAAAAAGAAAAUGACUCUAAGUGAGAUAUACCAGUGGAUUUGUGAUAACUUCCCAUAUUAUAGAGAGGCUGGCAGUGGUUGGAAGAAUUCCAUACGACAUAAUCUGUCCCUGAACAAGUGUUUCCUUAAAGUGCCUCGAUCAAAGGAUGACCCUGGAAAGGGGUCCUACUGGGCAAUAGACACCAAUCCGAAAGAAGAUGCGCUGCCUACUCGGCCAAAGAAGAGAGCACGAUCUGUAGAACGGGCCUCAACUCCAUAUAGCAUAGAUUCAGAUUCUUUGGGAAUGGAGUGUAUUAUUUCGGGAAGUGCCUCUCCAACUCUGGCAAUCAACACUGUGACUAACAAAGUAACGUUGUACAACACUGAUCAGGAUGGUAGUGACAGCCCACGCAGCAGCCUUAACAACAGUCUCUCAGACCAGAGUUUGGCAUCUGUUAAUUUGAACAGUGUUGGAAGUGUGCAUAGUUAUACACCGGUGACAAACCAUCCAGAACCAGUCUCUCAGUCAUUAACUCCUCAACAGCAGCCACAGUACAACCUUCCAGAACGAGACAAACAACUACUUUUCUCAGAAUAUAAUUUUGAAGAUCUCAGUGCCUCAUUUCGGAGCCUUUAUAAGUCAGUUUUUGAGCAGUCACUUAGUCAACAAGGUUUGAUGACCAUCCCUUCCGAAUCUUCCCAGCAGUCCCACACCUCAUGUUCGUAUCAGCACUCUCCUAGCAGCACAGUGAGCUCUCACCCACACAGCAACCAAAGCAGCCUGUCCAACAAUCAUGGCGGUGGCCUCAGCACCACGGGCAGUAAUUCGGUUGCGCAGGUCUCACUGCCCCACUCCCAGAUGCACACACAGCCGUCUCCGCAUCCGUCCCAUCGACCGCAUGGUUUACCACAGCAUCCGCAGCGUCCCCAGCACCCAGCAUCGCACCCACAGCAACACAGCCAGCUCCAGCCUCCUCACCCCCAGCACCCCUCUCCACAUCAGCACAUACAGCAUCAUCCGAACCAUCAGCAUCAGACGUUAACACAUCAGGCACCCCCACCCCCACAACAGGUAUCCUGUAAUUCUGGUGUUUCAAAUGAUUGGUAUGCAACACUUGAUAUGCUAAAAGAAAGUUGUCGAAUUGCCAGCAGUGUUAAUUGGUCAGAUGUAGACCUUUCACAGUUCCAAGGUUUGAUGGAGAGUAUGAGACAGGCAGAUCUCAAGAACUGGUCUUUGGAUCAGGUUCAGUUUGCUGAUCUCUGUUCUUCUCUUAAUCAGUUCUUUACACAAACUGGCCUUAUCCACUCACAGAGUAAUGUUCAACAAAAUGUCUGUCACGGUGCCAUGCAUCCAACAAAACCUUCCCAACACAUUGGAACAGGAAAUUUGUACAUAGACUCCAGGCAAAAUCUCCCUCCUUCAGUGAUGCCGCCCCCUGGUUACCCUCACAUCCCACAGGCACUCAGCACUCCAGGAACAACAAUUGCAGGCCAUCACGGAGCCAUGAACCAGCAGCACAUGAUGCCUUCCCAAGCCUUCCAGAUGCGGCGCUCUCUGCCUCCGGACGACAUCCAGGAUGACUUUGAUUGGGAUUCAAUUGUGUAGAGCUUGUUUCUGCAAGGCACCAGACCCCAGCAUCACCUUUCUGUGCAGUAAAGGGGAAAGAUUUAAGAGAAUCCAGUUGAGAAAACAAAGUUGCUAAUCACUUUACCGAUGUUAUCAAAAUUUCUUUUGAAGACAAUCAAAAAGAUUUUAGCUGGAUAACUUACUGCUUUUAUCUGACCCAAACAAGUACUACAUGUUUGUCUCCCUGCCAGCUGCCCUACGUAGCUCCUAACUGUUGUGUGAUUUGAACGGCUUUUGCAUAUUUGUGUCAGUUUGAUGUUGACCACAAGUGCCAGACUGAUUUUUCAGACAGAGCCUAUUUUGCUGCAAGCAGUUUAUAGAUACAUAUGUGUAAAUAUAUGUACAAAAAUUACUGAAAGGCUUCAGUUUUUCUAAUUGGAUUACUACGUCUUGAAAAGAAAGUUACUGUGAGUUUUUAUUCCUUGUUAGGCUAUUUUCUGCAGGAUGUGUUUAACUGAUGUAGGCAACUGAAAGGAAAUAGAUUUUUUCAAAGCCCAUUUCCCCUUAUUUAAUCUUUUUCAGAAAUGUGGGUAUUGAGUUCUACUCAAUAAGUCAGAGAACCCAGAGUUUGAUACUCUCCAAACAAUCCAGAGGGGCAUGAAGACUGACCAAAUUUGUUUUGAUGUUUGGGGGAUUACAGAGUUUAUGUUGUACCUUGUCAAUGUCUGUUUUCCUAAGUCUGCAUUAACAGUUCUGAAAUGUAUUUGAUCGGUUAGCAGCUGGGCAUUGCUUGGCUCUUUAACAAAAUCAUUGCCUCCAUAUUCACUCAUGUAUUUAUUAUUCAAAAGUGUUAUUUUAAUAUUUAUUGCUACCUUCUGUGAAUGCUCAGCUCCUAUAUGGUUCAUUAAGGAGAAGUAUGGUGUCUGAAAGCACAGAAUUGUUAUACUUAAGAGUUUACAGACAAGACAAUCAGAGAGAUUGUGUCGUUCUCUUUAUCCUCGCUCCUUUUACCAUGUGAGUAUAUUUCUCUUAGCAUUCCUGCUGAUUGAGAUGUAUUAGCGAAAUAGGAUUUUUCUGGAAUUCGAAUCAGAGUUCAUUUGGGCAAUAGAACAGCAGGACACUGUUGAUAACGCGAGUUUCCUCACUCAUUCUGUUUCCAUUUAGGAAGCACUGAAAGGAGGAUAGAGCCACACACAGAUUUUAUUUGCCUCAGUCUUCAGUGCAGAUAUCCUUAAGUCGUCCGCUGUUUCUCUUGUCCUGUGUGUCUGUGUACGCAUGACGUUUGGUUACUUUGAAAUACAGCGUGCCUCCUUGGGGUUUUUAUUAAUUGUUUCUUGUUUUGUUUCAUAUUGUAUCAUAGUUACUUUGCAUGGAUUGAUUGUCUUAGUUUUAUAAUAAAAGUAACAGAAAUGAGAUUUUUUUUAAAUGAAUAGAUUUUAAAUUGGUUCUUUGACCAUAAAAAAGGCAGAAUUUCUUUCAUUUAUAAUGGGGGAAUGAUAUGUUCCAUCAAAUCAAGGAGUAAUAACUGUUCACUGGUUGUUUUUUAGCAUCUCUCGUCUCUGUCAGCCAUGCUUUAAGUCACUUUAAUUAGCCGUAGUGAUAAUGUGGUUGAGUGUUCUCUACUUGAACUAAACAGAUAGACAUCUUUGUUUCUGUAUGUGUGAAUGUGAGAGUGUUUGUCAGCGUGUGUGGGGUGUUUGGUGGUUUGUUUUUUUUGGUUUUUUUUUUUUUUUUUUUGGUGGGUUUUUUUUUUUUUUUUAAUGGAGUAUUGCCUUUAAUGAAUCACUGGGAAGCCAGUCAUAGUAAAGGCUGGUGAGGUUGGGGAGAAAGGAAGGGCUUUAUGUUCUUUUGUUUGGACCCUGUUUGGAAUGAGAAAAGAAGGUCAGUUCCAGCCCCUUGGAUCAGUGAAAAUCAGGAGGAUUCUGGCAAGGCCAACAGGCCCCUUAAACAGAUCAGAGGCAAGAUGAGAUAGCAGCAGGUCCCUUAAACAGAUCAGAGGCAAGAUGAGAUAGUAGCCUGCAGAGCAAAAACUUGAAAAAAUGGGGCAGGGGGGAAUUUUCAAUAGUCUGCUCAAGUCACUGUUUUCUGGAUACCAAAAUAGCUGUUUUGAAACUUUAAAUUGCUUGGGUAGCAAUGUGCACUUUAAACAAUUUGGGUAUUGGAAUGCAGUCUUACCUUGAAUGAUUUGAGUAGAAACCACUGAUGAAGAUUUUACAAAUUUUGUGAAGCUAAAUUCCUAUUUGGCAAUCAUUUACUGAUUUGCAGUGAUUAAUAUUUCUAUGAGAAUUUAAAUUUACCACAAGUGGCCCUGGAGGCAGAGCCUCCACUGAGAUCCAUUGCACUCUUUUGAUUCUGGGAGCCCAGGAGCCCAAGACAGGCCUUCUAAUGGGCUCCAGCCAGCCCGAGCCAUCUGGUGGGGUGCAGAGCAUCCCCUCUAGUGGCUCUUUCAGUUGGUAGUUGUUAAUGCAGAGCGAGUUCUGUUUUGGGUCUAAAUUGACUGAAGACUUUUGGGGAAAAGAAUAAUAAAUGCAUAUAAUCAAAUGGGGGUACUCUGUCCAGGAAAAUAAUCCGACUGGCAUUUGUGGCAGUUUUUGAAAUGUAAAUGUAUUCAUGUGUGUUCUUGUAAAUACAUGUCUCUCAGAUGUCCUUUGAAGUGGGAGGGAAUCAAUCCGGGGAUUAUUUCAAAUGGAAUAGAGUAUUUUGAUAUUGUUCAUUCAGAGGGUGAUGUGUACAUAUCUAUAUUGUAUAUAUGUGAUGAAAAUGCAUUGGCUUUUUGUGCAAACACAAUCUGCUCUCUGUACUGCUGUUGGACAGUCAGUGUUUUAAUGUUUCUACAGUUUUGCUAUUGCACGAUUUCAUAUUUUGCCUCUAUGAUGAACGGCACCCAUUCUUUGUAACUGUUUAGUGCUGUAAAGAAAUACCCCAAGUGUCAUUAGGAUUGUUGCUGCCAGAACUGAUAUGCAUGAAUGGCACUUAAAAUAAAUAUAUUAUGUUAACUCUA